AUGAGCCACAGCCCGGAGAGGAUCUCUUCCUACCGCCGCCACUUCGAGGGCAGCGGCGCCUCCUCGUACCACGUCCGGGUGACCAGCCCCUCCCCCACCCGCCGGGAGGCCUGCCACCGCUCGGCCAGCUACUCCCGCAGCGCCGCGACGACCGGCAUGCGAGCCGAGGCCAUUGGUCGGAGGACUGUCUCCAGCACACGCAGUCCCCGCAUGGCCAGUUUCACCAUGGGAGCAAUCUGUUACGGCGCUGGGGCCGGAGCGGCCCUAGAUCUGGACGCUGCCACCGCCGAAAAUCAGGAAUUCCUCAGCACACGCAGCAGCGAGAGGCAGGAGAUGGUCGUGCUCAACGACAGACUGGCGGCCUACAUCGAGAAGGUUCGGACACUGGAGCAGCAGAACAAGCUGCUGGAGACAGAGAUUGAUGCCCUGCACAGCCGUUUCGUACGACCGUCAGGUCUGCGGAUGCUCUACGAGGAACAGCUGAGAGAGUUGAAGAGAAUCGCUGAUCAGAUGAGAAGGGAGCGGGACAUGGCUGUCGCCGCUAAAGAGGCCAUGGCGGGUCACCUCGAGAUGCUCAAAGCGAAGUUUGAGGAGGCGGUGGAGCUGAGGAAGAAGGCUGAGGAGGAGAUCGAAGCUUUCCGCCCGGACGUUGACGCGGCUACAUCCGCACGCAUUGCUCUGGAGAAACAUCUGGAGAAUUUGGAGGUGGAAAUUGAGUUUCUCCGGCGGAUUCACAAGGAGGAAAUUGAGGAGCUGAUGCGACAAAUAUAUAAAGCGUCUGGCAUAGUCGAUUCAUCCUUUUCUGUCCCAGACCUCGGGGCCGCUCUCAAACAAGUGCAGGAUCACUACGACGGCAUCGCUGCCAAGAACUUACAGGAGAUGGACUCUUGGUAUAAAUCAAAAUUUGAGGACCUAAAUAUGGCUUCAACAAGACACGUUGGAAACGUUCGAAGUGCCAGGGAGGAGAUUUCUGGCGUUAAGAAAGACCUCCAGAAUAAGGACCGCGAACUCGACGGCCUAAAAACCAGAAAUGAGACACUGGAAGCACAGAUCCGCGAGAGGCAAGAGAAGUACAAAAAGGAACUGGAGGAAUUAGAGGCAAAGAUAGAUAGCCUGCAGCUGGAGCUGAAAUCCACCAAGGAGAAAAUUGCGCUGCAUCUUCGUGAAUACCAGGAGCUACUGAACAUCAAGAUGUCCUUGGAGAUUGAAAUCACCACAUACAGGUAA